CUCCCAAACAGAACGAAACAUUUCUAUUAGCUCAGUCUCCAGGAGAGAUACAAUCUAUAGAGAGAGAGGGGCGUGUGUAGAGAGAGAAAGAGAGAGAGAUGGGUUUCGGUUUUCUAGCUUCAAGAGCUCUGAGAUCGUCUGGGAUUUUUACAUCUCCAAACCCUAGAAAUUUCAUCGUCAGGACCAUCGUCUCCACGCCUGAGCUGCAGAAACCAGAAGCCGCAGCUGCAGCUCAAGACCCGCCGCCGGCAGAUCUCCCGAAGCGGACUCCAGUGGGCGGAGCUAGGGUUCACUUCGCCAACCCAGAGGAGGCAAUCGAGGUCUUCGUCGAUGGCUAUCCUGUCAAAAUCCCCAAAGGCAUGACCGUGUUACAGGCCUGCGAGGUCGCCGGCGUCGACAUUCCCCGGUUUUGUUACCACAGCCGCCUCUCCAUCGCCGGCAACUGCCGUAUGUGCCUCGUCGAAGUCGAGAAGUCGCCCAAGCCAGUCGCUUCUUGCGCCAUGCCUGCUCUUCCAGGCAUGAAGAUUAAGACGGAUACGCCAGUGGCAAAGAAGGCACGAGAAGGGGUGAUGGAAUUUUUGCUGAUGAAUCAUCCCUUAGACUGCCCAAUCUGUGAUCAAGGUGGAGAGUGUGAUCUACAAGACCAGUCUAUGGCCUUUGGUUCUGAUCGCGGCCGCUUUACUGAAAUGAAGAGAUCUGUGGUUGAUAAGAAUCUAGGUCCAUUGGUUAAGACUGUUAUGACUCGGUGCAUUCAGUGUACAAGAUGUGUUAGGUUUGCAACUGAGGUAGCUGGAGUCCAAGAUCUUGGCAUGUUGGGUCGUGGCAGUGGGGAAGAAAUUGGGACUUACGUUGAAAAACUUAUGACUAGUGAACUUUCAGGGAAUGUAAUAGAUAUCUGUCCUGUGGGAGCCCUCACCUCAAAACCUUUUGCCUUUAAAGCUCGAAAUUGGGAGUUGAAGGGAACAGAGAGCAUUGAUGUUACAGAUGCAGUUGGUUCCAAUAUUCGAAUUGAUAGUAGAGGUCCAGAGGUCAUGCGAAUUCUCCCACGAUUAAAUGAGGACAUCAAUGAGGAAUGGAUUUCAGACAAAACACGAUUCUGUUAUGAUGGUCUGAAGAGGCAGCGGCUAAACGAUCCUAUGAUUCGUGGUGCUGAUGGGCGCUUUAAGGCUGUGAGCUGGCGUGAUGCCCUUGCUGUGGUUGCUGAGGUUGCCCAUCAAGUUAAACCAGAUGAAAUUGUUGGGAUUGCCGGUAAGCUGUCUGAUGCAGAAUCUAUGAUGGCAUUUAAGGAUUUCUUAAACAGGAUGGGUUCAAAUAAUAUGUGGUGCGAAGGAAAUGGCAUGCAUCCAAAUGCCGAUUUACGUUCUGGAUAUCUUUUGAAUAGUAGCAUCAAUGGGCUUGAGAAGGCAGAUGCUUUCCUUUUGGUUGGAACUCAGCCAAGGGUUGAAGCUGCUAUGGUAAAUGCCAGAAUCCAGAAAACAGUUCGAGCAACCCAAGCCAAGGUGGGUUACAUUGGCCCUCCAACAGAUUUCAACUACGAUCACCAACAUCUUGGGACAGGUCCUCAAACACUGAUUGAAAUUGCUGAGAAUCGCCAUCCCUUUUGCUCAGCCCUAUCGAAUGCCAAAAACCCAGCUAUAAUUGUUGGUGCUGGGGUUUUUGAGCGGGAGGAUAAAGAUGCAAUUUUCUCUGCUGUUGAAACCAUUGCUAAAAAUGGGAAUGUUGUCAGACCGGACUGGAACGGUCUCAAUGUUUUGCUUCUGAAUGCUGCCCAAGCUGCUGCACUUGACCUUGGACUUGUGCCAGAGUCUGGAAACUGUAUUGAAUCUGCAAAGUUUUUGUAUCUGAUGGGUGCUGAUGAUGUGGAUUUGGAUAAAAUCCCGAAGGAUGCCUUUGUGGUUUAUCAGGGCCACCAUGGUGACAAGAGCGUGUAUCGUGCAAAUGUCAUUUUACCAGCAGCGGCAUUCAGUGAGAAGGAAGGGACAUAUGAAAAUACAGAAGGGUGUGCUCAGAUAACUCUACCUGCAGUUCCCACUGUUGGUGAUGCUAGGGAUGAUUGGAAAAUAAUUAGAGCAUUGUCUGAGGUAGCCGGUGUUCGGCUGCCUUAUGAUACCCUCGGUGCUGUCCGAUCCCGGAUAAGGACGGUGGCACCAAAUCUACUGCAUUUAGAUGAGAGAGAGCCAGCUACAUUUUCUUCUUCAUUGAAGCCUGAAUCCUCUCACAAGGUGAGUUCGACUCCAUUUGGGACUGCUGUAGAGAACUUCUACAUGACUGAUGCAAUCACCAGGGCAUCAAAGAUAAUGGCACAGUGCAGUUCGUUGCUAUCGAAGAAAUGAGCUCUUGAUUUUGAUCUCUGUAAUAAAAGUGCAGAUUCAAGUGUUUGCUCCAGUUAUUUAUAUUUUAGUCGUUUCAUAUUCUUGGAAAACAAAAAAUCAAGUACUACUGUAUUGCCAUAAAGGAGUUCUGCUCAUAAAUGGCAACUUUACUUCUGGCCCAUGGUUUGUUAUUUGUAUCUUCUGUAAUUUAAUGAGUACCCAGGCUGUUGUGGCUACAA